CGACGUUGCGUUGGUUCUGCAGCAGGGCUAUUUCUAAGGGUGUACCAGGUGUCGCCGCGCUCAUCGAGACCAUCAAUACUCUUUUGCAAUUGCUUUCGCAUUCUAGCUAGAUGGAAGAAACCGUCUAAAGCCGAAAAGCAAUUCCUAGCAAGUCUAAAGUAUACUAGGCAAACUCCAUUUUGAAACCGAACUUGGCACAAAACACGUUGAUCAGCCACCCACACGACCUAUGAAGCGUCGAAGCUAAAUACUGCGAGCGAUCAACCCAUAACGAUCCAUAAAACAACUACGAUCGAUUAGAGAUUAUACGUCUAUUUAUCGAGAUAUACCACGGCCGAAGCUACAUACCGAUCGUUGGAACGUUGUCCCAUCCGCAAAGUUAUCAUCAUGUCUAGCCGUCCAGUAACUCCGGCUUCGCCAAAGAAUGCCAGAGUUAAAUCACCGGUACCAGGUGCUCCAGUAUUUGGAUGCGAGCACGUACAGUUGCUGUUUUCUCAGGGACAGGAGCUUAUGAACAGCAGCAUUUCGCAUUACAAGAUGAUUCUGCGUGGCAUCUUUGAUUCCAGCCCAAUAAUUCCCCAGACGUCCACCAGCAAAGAAGGACGCCCUAUCACCUCUCUCACCUCCAAUUACUUGUGUUUGCAGUGCCCAACGACAGUUGCUGAAGAAGAUCGGCUCACACAUGGCAAUAAAAAGUCCCAUCGUUUCUUUGUCGAUUCACGCAAUGGUGCUUUAUAUUGCCAAAUCUGCGACGAUCUCGUUUGGGACCCUACACUAGAAGAGCUCAGACUUCGAAAGAUCGGUACAGGCUCCUUUUCCGGUCGCAAACGCAAGCAUGACGAACUAUUCAGUGAUGCCAUAAAAGAAGAUCCACGAUAUAUUGCAUCGAACACAACUACAGCAUCGUGCCGCGCCAACGGUCUCCGGGGCAUCUACAACGCUGGCGCUACCUGUUAUCAGAAUGUGGUCCUACAAAGCUUCUUACACAAUCCUUUGCUGCGAAACUUUUAUCUGAGCGAUGGUCACCAGCGUAUAGAAUGCAGAGAACAUUGUCUGAGCUGCGCAAUGGAUGACAUGUUCCAAGACUUUUACGCGUUAGAAAACACAAACGGCUACACGGCAGCAAACAUUUUAUCGGGAUUCUGGAUUUCAGAAAAAAAGGCAUUCGAGAACCUGGUUACUACAAAAGAGCAAGAUGCCCAUGAGUUUUUUCAAUUUCUUGCCGAAGAUCUACAUGAACGGAAUGGAGAUGGAAAGAAGCCGGAAACUGGCAGUGAACACAGUUGCAACUGCAUCAUACAUCAAACCUUCUAUGGAAAAAUGCAGACAACUACUACAUGCCAAAACUGCCAAGCAUCCUCCCAUGCGGUCCAGUCGUUUUUGGAUCUCAGUCUAGGAUUGGAAAGCCUUCAACGUAAGAAAAAGCCAGGAACCAGGGUCUCUAAUAUUACUCUUCAUGACUGUCUGAACGAAGAGUACGUAAAGUCUGACAAUUGUGAAUAUCGCUGUCACAAUUGUUCAGACAUUCAACAAGCAGUUCGCUACACCAAUAUUAAACGGCUCCCUAAUGUACUCUCUAUACAGCUCAAGCGCUUCGAAUAUAAGCAAGGAAGGCAUGAUCAUGCAGCAUCUAAGAUUGAUUCUCCUGUCGAUUUUCCCCUGCAACUAAACAUGUUGCCAUACACCAACCGGGUUAAAAGCAGAGACAAUAGAGAAAGCAUGGAAUUGCAAAGGUCUUGUAUAUAUGAUUUGUUGAGCGUAAUUGUUCAUGUUGGAGAGAUUGAGACUGGGCAUUAUGUAUCAUACUGCCGAGUUGGCGACCAGUGGUUCAAGUUCAAUGAUCACAAAGUUGAGCUGGCUAGCACCUCGGACGUUCUUGGAGCACAAGCAUAUUUGCUCUUUUACAUCAUUCGAUCUCUAGCAUAAUUUUGUACCAGAUUAUGCGAGUCUAUUCGGCUGUUGUGAAUGUUUCAUAACCAGCCCGUCAUAAAUUAUAUAUAGAUGUAUAUAAUUUGUCUUAGUCUCCUUCUAAGCUUCCACACGCCACUUCCAGUCCUCACAUUCAAAGUUUGAAUAACAGUAAAACUCAUUACUUAGGCCGCGUGCGUGAUGAGGUUCAAACGUGGUAGUUUUCACAUCCAGAGACUUGUAGAGCUUGACAAUCAAGUUUUCCAUCCGCUCUCCAGUGCAUACGAUAAUGCGUUGAUGUGGGAGAUUAGGCUUGAGCAGCCAUCGGGUUGUUAGAGCCGCUGAGCUUGUCAGCCAAGACACGUCAAAAUGGG